AUGAAAGACGAAAGACGAAAGACGAAGAUAGAAACCUAGAACCAGAUUUCUCAGAAAAAAAAUACGAAUUAGAACCAGAUUGCUCAAAACAAAACCGAUAAAUGAUCAAUUCUGGUUUACUCAGGGGUCUAGCCGUAGAAAAUAAAAGUUAGGGUGAAUUGGAACAUUCCUGAAAAGUAAGGGGUCAAAAUAAGAGUUUUACAAUGACUGGAAGUGGCUAUGUAGUGGAUACAAAACACGUGUAAUGACAUAUCUGCGUGUGUAUUUGUGUCUUAAUAAUCUCUUGUCUGAAAACAGAUCUUCGUUUCCUACAAAUCACUCUGUUUCUCCUCCUACCAUUCUUACGUUGCUGAAGCUGAUCUUAGAGAUUUCCGAUCGUAUUCAUGGAUAAAGAAGGUUUCGCCGGAAAGGCGGCUGCUGAAGCCAAAGGAUUGAACCCGGGACUAAUCGUGCUGCUUGUUAUCGGAGGUCCGCUUGUUGUGUUCCUUGUCGCCAACUACGUGAUGUACGUGUAUGCUCAGAAGAACCUACCCCCAAGGAAGAAGAAGCCCGUUUCUAAGAAGAAGCUCAAGCGGGAGAAGCUGAAGCAAGGUGUCCCUGUGCCUGGAGAAUAAAUACCCACCUUAGAUUCACUCCUGUGCCUUGUUCAAAUCUGGAUAAAGGCUUAUAAUUUUCAUUGAAUUUCACACCUUUUUUAUGUUUGUUUUCGUAACAUUUUGCUUCCUUUGCUUGUGACAUGAGUUCUGUAUGAUAGAAGCCACCCAUUUUGUUUGGUUA